CGUGUUUGCUCAACAUCUUGUUGGGUAUCCUUCCUCGAGAUCUCUAGAAACACGGCCUCUGGUUACCUGACGCAAAUUCUCACGCAGUUGCUUGGUGCUUUCAAUGUGUUUGUGUGCUGGGUGAGAAGCCAGUUAACAUGACUUAAAUCGGGACCGCACUGUUCUUGUGUUUAAUUUUUAAUUUUUUUUUUUUUUUUUUUUUUUUUUUUGAAGGGGAUAAAGAGGCGCCUUGUGACUGUGUUUCUCUCUAGGUUAAAAAUGGCUGCCCUAACCAACUCUUGGUAAUUGCCGCUAGCCCCAUAGCAAACAGGGACUGCAAGUAAAACAUACAUUAUAAAUACAAGGGAAGGAGGAAAACAAAUAUUAUCGUUAUUAUUACAUGAACGCAACGCCAAGCCCUUGACGGAUGUGAACGGGAAUAGAUGUGUGUGCGAGAGGGGACACAUUGUAGCGCUACAACGCAAAGUUAAAAGCAAACCGGACGGUGUGUGUUUUGUUUUUUGCUUUUUUUUUGUUGCUGCAAAUUUAAAUGAAACUAACAGGGAUAUCUUUCUCAAGAAGCGGAUUGCAACUAAAGAAAAAAGCCUGGCCAGUUGCAACAUUGUUAUUUCUGUCGGGAGUUGAACACUGGGGGAGAGGAGGAGGAGGAGGAGGCGGGCGACAGAGGAGGAUUGUAUUUUUACCCUGCUAAGUUUUAUUCGGAUCUCUUGGUGUUUUUUUUUUUUUUUUUGUUCGUUUGUUUGUUUUUUAAAGGCAUCUUUGUAUCUGUAAUUCGUAUGUUCUCGAUCGGGCGCUUCCCAGUUUUUGGUUUUAUGAUUCGAAGUGAGAUUAGCCAGCGCUUCUUUCCAAAUGGGAGUAUUUUGACGUGCGAAGGUUGCAAGACUGCAGUGUAAAAGGUCUCUCUGCCAGGGAGAUCGGGUUCAGGGGAAGGAAUGGAUGAACAGAAAUCGAACAGCGAGGAGAAGGACUCGGAAACUUCGGCUGAUGACAGCGCCCCCCCAGAGCAGGCUGCCCCUUGUGAGGGGGACCCAGAGCCACCAGCUGCCACCUCCAAGACUAAGGAACCCACAUCGGAUCCCCCAGACCAGCCCAGCAGGGAGAAUCAGCGGUGUUGUGCUUUCUGUAACUGUGGCGGGAGGAGUUUACAUGGGCAGAGAGAACUGCGCUGCUUUGAACCCUCGGAUAACAGGCCAGCGCUGCCCCCUGAGAGUGACCAGGCUGCUGGACAGAUCGGGGAGGAAGCGCGGGCACAAGGGCUCUCGGAUGACCUGUCCAGCAUUGGCUUUGCAGACGGCUUCUCGGCGUCUUUACUGUUUGACCGAACAGGUCGUUGCUGGGCUCAUCACUGGUGCGCAGCCUGGUCAGCAGGAGUUCAGCAGGACAGUAGCCAAGGACUAGCUGGUGUGGACCGGGCAGUCGCCUCAGGGGUCAAGCAGCGAUGUGAAUACUGUAAGAGGCUGGGUGCAACCAUUCGGUGCCAGUCGGAAGCGUGUUCGCGGUUCUAUCACUUCCCCUGCUCUGCGGCCAGUGGUUCAUUCCAAUCCAUGAAGCAUUUAGCCCUUCUUUGUCCAGAGCAUGUGGAUAAGGCAGUUGAAAUAGCGAAGGAAGAGGCUCGCUGCGCGGUGUGCGACUCCCCCGGGGAGCUCCUGGACCAGCUGUUCUGCACUGGCUGCGGGCUUCAUUACCACGGGGCGUGCCUGGAAAUCAGCGCCACGCCACUCAAGCGCUCGGGCUGGCAGUGCCCAGAGUGCAAAGUGUGCCAAACCUGCAGGCAGCCUGGCGAGGACUCCAUGAUGCUGGUGUGCGAUGCCUGUGAUAAGGGCUACCACACCUUCUGUCUGCAGCCAGCCAUGGAAUCCCUCCCUACCGACACUUGGAAGUGCAAGAACUGCCGCGUGUGCAGUGAGUGUGGUACCCGGGGCUCUGCAUCGCACAGCUCGGCUCUCUGGUAUGAGAACUACUCCGUGUGCGAGAGCUGCCACCAGCACCGCAGCGCUGUGUGCACCAGCUGCGGGAAACCAACCCCAACGGAGAGCCUUCUGUGCUGCCAGACGUGUCGAGGGUGGGUGCACAGUGAAUGUACAGGUCUCUCAGAAACCCCAGCUGGCAAGUACACCUGUGUCUUAUGCAGGGGUUCUUCUCCAGCAGUGGCUGACAAGGCCAAUGUCCAGGACACAGGCACACCAAUGGAGCUGGGGAAAGAGUCCGGCUCGGAGGACAGAGAGGUGAAGGAGAGGCUGCAACAGGGAACAGAAACGCUGGCAGCUCAUCGGGAGCAGCCCUGCGUCUCUCCACACGCAGAGGCUGCAAGGAGCGGUGGGAGUGACAUCCAGCCUGGGGAUAUCGACGUCGACAAAGAGCCUGAAACCCUGCCGUCCCAAGACUGCAAGACAGGGGGCGCCGGCGAGCACAAGGAGGAACAGUGUGCCCCUCUGGAACCUGAGGUUCCAUCAGAGUCGGGGGAAACCAACUCCGGGCAGGACUCUGAAGACACAGACUCCAAGAGCCAGAGCGUUCCCCUGGCCUCUGGCGAUCCCCCCUGUGAUGGGGAGACCCAGGCUGCCUCUACCUCCCCACAAGGUAAUCGGACUAAGAGCCCUUGCAAAGCUCCUUCAGAAGAAGUGGAGGAGGCAAUGGAGGAGGGGGAUCCCGAACCCUCUGAAACGCAGCACGCAGUCCCGGAAGGAGGGAGCAGCCCUUCCUCUCUGCAGCCUGGCGCUGGGGAUUCCCUCCUGGACCCUCUGGAGGACUCUCCAGAGGAGGAGGAGGAGGGCUGCGAGAAAGCAUCUCCCAUGGAGGACUUGGCAGCAGAGAAUAAGCUAAAGCAGGAGGAGCCCGACGGGGAGCAGGAGGCAGCGUCUCCCCCUGGCAGGAGGAGGAGCAGUGGCAGCCUGGUGAUGAAGCCGGAGUACAUGGACGAGAUGUCCAACCUGAGCCACGAGGACGCUAGCAGCAGCGGCUUCCUGGAGUCCCCCGGAGAGCCCGACUCUUCCCACUCCCUCUCCAUGGAACUUGGCCUGGUGUCGGCCAGCCGGGCGCGCUCCGACUCGCUGCUCACAGAGACGGACGACUCGCUGCCCUUCGACCCCGGCGCCAUGAAGAUGGACGGAGAGAAGGUCAAGAGGCGGAACUCCCCAGGUCGAUCGCGGAUCAAACAGGGCCGCAGCAGCAGUUUCCCUGGUAAAAGGCGCCCUCGCGGUGGGGGAGGGGGGAGGGGCCGCGGCCGGUCCCGUCUCAAAGCCAUGGCCUCCUGCAUCGAGGCCUUCCUGUGCAUGGACGUGGAGGCCUCCCCCAGUAAGGAAGAGGACGAUGAAGAGGAUGAUACGAUGCAGAACACGGUCGUGCUGUUCUCCAACACAGAUAAAUUCGUUCUGUUGCAAGACAUGUGUGUGGUUUGUGGCAGUUUUGGCCGAGGCGUAGAGGGGCAGCUGCUGGCAUGUGCCCAGUGCGCCCAGUGUUACCACCCCUACUGCGUCAACAGCAAGAUUACCAAGAUGAUGCUGAGUAAAGGCUGGCGCUGUCUGGAGUGUAUCGUUUGCGAGGUGUGUGGCAAGGCCUCAGACCCAGCACGCUUGCUGCUGUGUGACGACUGUGAUGUCAGCUACCACACGUACUGCCUGGACCCCCCUCUGAACACCGUACCCAAGGGAGGCUGGAAAUGCAAGUGGUGUGUGUGCUGCAUGCAGUGUGGAGCCACUUCCCCUGGUUUUCACUGCGAGUGGCAGAACAACUAUACCCACUGUGCCCCCUGCGCCAGCCUGGUGGCCUGCCCAGUCUGUCGCGAGAACUUCAUGGAGGAGGACCUGCUGCUGCAGUGUCAGCACUGCGACCGGUGGAUGCAUGCAGUGUGCGAGACGCUCUUCACUGAGGAUGAGGUGGAGCAGGCAUCGGACGAGGGAUUCAUCUGCUCAGGCUGCUGCCCGUAUGUGCCCAAGCCUGCUGUAGUGGAAACGCCUGUCAGCACUCCUGUUAAAGUGAAGGAGCCAGAGCUUCAGUUCCACAGGCUGGAGGGGGUCUGGCUGACCGAGUCCGGGAUGUCUCUGCUCCGCAGCAUCUCCAUCUCUCCUCUCCACAAGAGACGGCAGCGGCGCUCCCGAUUGGGUACGCUGUGCGGGGAGGCGGGGACGGAUGGGCUGGAGCUGAAGGAAGUAGAUGGAGACGGUGACGAGGUCAAAGGAGGGGUAGAGCCCAUGGACUGUGACACCAAAGUGGACAUCCUGGGAAGCCCUGGCCGGGACGGGGGUCCCGAGAGAGACGCAGAGGGGGUUCCGGAGACGGAAGCGGGGAAGGCAGGAGCGGAGGAGACAGACGAAGGAAAGAAAAGGAAAAGAAAACCCUACAGACCAGGGAUCGGUGGGUUCAUGGUUCGGCAGAGGAAGUCUCACACACGGGCGAAAAAGGGGCAGCUUCCCCAGCUACUGGCAGGAGAGGCAGGAACAGAGGGUCCCAGCACUGAGAGGAACCCAGAGGAAGGCGCUCCCCCAUGUACCCCAAUCGAUGGCCCGUCCGAUCCCAAAGCAGCCGAGCCAGAAGGGGAGCAGGCAAAGAAACGGAGAGGCAGGAAGAAAAGCAAGCUGGAGGACAUGUUUCCGGCUUAUCUCCAGGAGGCGUUCUUUGGGAAGACUCUGCUGGAUAUCAGUCGGAAGGCUGUGAAGGAUGGGGGUGGAGCUCAGCGACUGGCACAGGGGCUGCACCGGCCUGCCCAGCCCGGCACCACCCUGCAGGCAGCCCCACAGGAGCCUGCAGCCUCCCUGACAUCGCAGGAGCAAGCAGGGACUGCGAAGGACAGAGUUGCUGCAGACGGCACCCAGCUCAAAGAGGAGGGCAGUGGAACAGCAGAUAACCAGGGAGGCGAUGCCGGUGCGGCUGCUGUUUCUGGUACAGAGCCUCCUUCCUCUCCCAAGGAUAAGGCCUCGACUCCAGCAGAGGGCACUCUGAGCUUGGGGACAGACAAGCCAUCUUCAGAUGGUUUGCCCUCGGGGGUAGAGAGCCAGGAUUCCCAGCAGUUCUUCCGAAAGGUUCUGGGGAUGAAGGAUGGCGCCACGCUCACCGGAAACCUGCAGGCGACCAUGCGUCCCAUACUGGAGACCACUGGGAGCACGGGAGACCUGAGCAGACAGACACUGUCUCAGAGACCCUUCUUGCCAGUGGGCUCCUUGACUGGUACGCUCCCCUCUACCGGGAUAAUGGAUCCAUUCCCGGGGCUCUCGCAGUCCCCCUUUUUCGAUAGCAGGGAUCGGAGCGGCUUGUUCAGCCCAGACCAGGGGGACCCAGACAGCCCCUGGGCCACCCCCUCCACCCCAGCCACUCCCUCCACUCCCCCGACCCCCACAGAGCAGGACAGCGAUGGGCUCUCCUAUAACCAGCGCAGCCUGCAGCGCUGGGAGAAGGAUGAGGAGCUGGGGGAGCUCUCCACCAUCUCCCCUGUGCUGUACGCCAACAUCAACUACACCAACCUCAGACAGGACUACCCAGACUGGUCUAACCGAUGCAAACAAAUCAUGAAAAUGUGGAGAAAGGUUUCAGCAGCUGACAAAGUGCCCUAUCUGCAAAAGGCCAAAGACAACAGAGCAACUCAGCGCAUUAACAAGGCACAGAAGCAAGCAGAGAGCCAAGUCACCCGGCCAAUAAAGUCUGAAUUCAAGCAGAAAGGGGAGAGGCCAGCCCUGCACCUGCACAUCCCUCCCCCCUCCGGCACCACCUCCUCCCAGCCCAGCUCUACUGAGAGCCCUUUCCCUUACAGCCAGGACCCGAGCACUUCCUUCUUCCCCAGCACCGGGCCUCCCACCUCCGAGGGGAUGGUCAGAACUCCUGGAUCAGUGUCUGGGAUGGAAGUGCAGGGCGAUCCCUUUACAAAAAUGCCACCUCAAUCGCCCCAUCAUCAUUACAGUAACCCCUCAACACCUUUCUCACAGUCUUCCAGCCCCAUGCAAGCCUCUUCUGGCUUCCAGAUGCCCCCAGGGAUCCCCCAGGGUAGACCUCCUAGCUUGGGCACCAUGGAUCUGCAACCUGGUACUCCUGGUACCCCAAGGCGUCCUCAGCCAAUGGCCAGUGAUCCCUUCCUGAGACCCCAACAGCAGCAAGCUAGUGGUGGCCUCCAAGAGCCCUUGGCUCCUCCCGAAAGCCCAAGGCUGAGGCAGGGGCCUGCUGCAGGAGAAUGCUUUUCAAAACCUGGGGAGUCCACCUUGCUUUCCCAACCCCCGACACACUUCGGGGACCUUUUCAGGGUCAGAAUGGAGCAGAGGCAAGAAUUUGGGAUGACUUCCACCUCCCCUGCAUCCACUCCUGGGCUGGGACCGAGGCAGGACUUCAUGGGGCUCCCUUCCCCAGCACCUACUCCCUCCAUGGGUCCCCGGAUGGAUUUUGGCGUCGGUUCGCCCGCCUCUGCUGCUGUAUCUGGGUUCCCUGACGGCAGUGGGCACAGUGACGUCUUUAAAGCUCCCAUGACUCCCCGAAUGCACCAGGGAGAGCAGGUGAACCCUCUUCAGGGCUACUCCACCCCUCAGCACCCGGGAGCCUCCCCCCAGCAUCACACAGAUCAGUACAGGCAGUCCCCUUCCACCCCCUUCUCUGACCCUUACGCCCAGCCCCCACUCACUCCCCGGCCCCAGUCUGGGGACAGCUGCUCCCCUCUGCCCCAAAGAUGCCCCCCUCCGGACACCUGCUCCAGGGUGCCAGCCAGCCCGCAAUCUCAAGGUAGCUGCCAGUCGCCCCUGACCCCCGGGGCCCUGUCCAAUGAUGCCUACUCUUGCCAAUCCCCAUUGACUCCUCGCUUCCAGUCUCCGGACCCUUACUCGCGCCCGCCAUCCCGUCCUCAAUCUAGAGACCCUUUCGCCCCUCUGCACAAGCCUCCCCGGUCCACUGCAGGGGAGCCCGGUUACAGGACUUCUCCCCAUGUCAGCCAGCCAGGCACCUCUAUGGGAGACUCCCUUCCCAAGGGCCCUUCUGCCCAGCCGAGCUUUGCCAGGAGCCCCAGCGUGGGCCUGUUCCCGAGCCCCCAGCACCAGACUCGAGUGGUGCCAGCAAGCUACGCUGAAGCUGCAGUGCAUUCCCCGUCGCACCAGCCUGGAGCACCCCAGCACGCUCCAGCCAUGAACAUGAACAGCUUCGCUCUGCGCUCCCCAGACCCCUCCUUCCAGCCACAGAGGGCAUCUCUGGUUCGCAUGCCAGAGAGGCGGGAGGAAGCACCCAGCCCCCAGGAGCUUCCUGACCUUCCAUUGAGCCAGGACCCGUCACUCAGUGGCCUCAGCCAAUUGGAGCUUGAGAAGCACAGACAGAGACAGAGACUGAGGGAGCUGUUGAUCAGGCAGCAGAUGCAGAGGAACUCGCUGCGUCAAGAGAAAGAGGCGGCGGCAGCAAACAGUGGCGCCAACACCUGGCCAGGGGAGACGGCAGGCUACCAGCAGGACAAAUUGCAGCGGGCUCCACCGCCCUACCCUGCCGCGCAAGAGAGAGCUGCUGUAGGAACAGGAAGUCCGGCCUCCCUGGAUGAUAAGAUGAUCCGGCUCCCACCUGCCGGAGCCCCAGCUGUCCUCGACCCCAGUGUGAUCAGGCAACCUGUGACCAGCAGCCCCCAGGGUUUUUACACCCGGGGUCCCUUCCCAGGGCAGUGGCAGGGCCAGCCAGGGGCCACGAGGCGCUUCCCACAGCCUUCCGGAAUAGAGGGGGGUCCCAGACACCCCCUCAAUAUAGCGGUCAGCAACGUGCAAGGCCUUCCACCCAGACAGCUGGUACAGGCACAGACGGAGCCAAUGCAAGCUCCCCACGCCCCCAUGGUCCCUCAAUUCAUUGAGCUCAGGCACAAUGCGCAGAGACAUCCAGUGGGUGCCCAGUUUGUCCAGAGGACUCCCCAGCCGCGGACACGUCUCUUCCUGCCCAACCAGGAAGUGGGUGGCCCUUACACCCAGCCUCUCCCCCCUCCACAGGAGGGAGUCAGAGGGCCAGGAAUGGGGGUCCAGCCAGUAACAGCAGGGGCACUGAUGAUGCCUCAGUCAAACACUGUGCCACCUUCUCCUCACCAUCCACAAUCUCCCACUACUGCCCCACAGCCACCUCACCCACCUGCCAGUAUUCCCCAGCCAGUGGGACACCCUACCACCAGCCGGCCUUGUCUACUCCCCUGCCCGGACCCCGAGCUGGAUGACGACUUCGGCUCCCACAAGGGCCUGGAGGAGGAGGAAGAUGAUGACCUGGCUAACCUGAGUCUGGACCCGGACAAGGCAGACGAUGACCUGGGGAACCUGGACAGCCUGGAGACGGCGGACCCCCACCUGGACGACCUCCUGAAGUGCGAUGAGUUCGACCUGCUGGCCUACACCGACCCCGAGCUGGAUGUGGGUGACCGCAAGGACAUCUUCACAGAGCAGCUGCGGCUCGUGGAAGCGGAGAGCGACGUCGGCUCGGACAGCAAGGGGGACCCCCAGAAAUCGCAGGAAGGGGACUCCUCCCAGGGGCGUCGGAAUCCACAAGCCCCCAGCGGGGCCUUGGCAGCCCCCGGCGCUACUGCUCCAACCCCUGCUGCUGCUGCUGCUGCUUUAGAUCGGGGUCAAGAAGCACAGCCACCCCCUGCUCCAGAACUGGGCAAUGUGGACCUGAAGAAACUGAAACAAGAGGAUGACGGUUCCCAGACGUACACCUGCCAGUUCCAGCGAGAGCAGAAGACCGUUACAGAGCUGGGUCAGGUGAAGGACGAAGUGGGAGUGGCAGUGUCCAUGUUGCUCCACCCCAAACAGGGGUCUUCGAAUGGGCUUUUCCCGCAGGGUGGCGGUGCCCCCAGCUCCAGGACUGCAUCUCUGAGUUCUGUGAGGAUCGCUGGCCUGCCGUUCCCCAUUAACAGCCCUUCUGACCCCCUUCCCUACGCUCCUCCCGCAGCCCCUGACCGGCCUGGCAUGGCCAAAUUCGACCUGGACGAGGAUCCUCUGAGCCUCCCGGAUGGGCAGCACUCUCCGGCCGUUGACCUGGACAAAGUGGAGAGCUCUCUGGAAGCCAGCGAGCUGCCCCUGCUGAUACAGGACCUACUGGAGCACGAGAAGAAGGAGCUGCAGAAGCAGCAGCAGCAGCAGCAACAUCAGUUGUCCUCCCUGCAGCAAGGAGUAAACUCGCACCUGCACCCUGUCCAGCAACAGCCUGUUCUUCUCCAGCAAGUGGGACCUCACCGAGCUCCCCCACCUCCUCACGCUCUCAUGGGACAGCAGCAACAGUUCCCCCCAGGGAUGGUUCCCAGGCCAGCUCAGCCACCCUCCUCUCACGUCAUGUCCCCCCAACAACAGCAGAGGCUCUUGGGGCCAGCCAUGCCCCAACACGUGGCCAUGGCUCAGACGCAAGGCCUUAUGGGCACGGGUCAGCCGCCCAUUGGUGGACAGCCACAAGGGCACCACCUGGUCCCUAACCAGCACACCGUUCCAGGAACGCAGCAACAGAUGGGGAUCAACAUGAAGCAGCAGCAGCAGCUGACCAACAGCUUCUUCCCUGAUACAGAUUUGGAUAAGUUUGCCACAGAGGACAUCUUGGACCCCAUUGCCAAAGCGAAGAUGGUGGCUCUAAAGGGAAUCAAGCGAGUGAUGGCACAGGGCACCAUCGGGGUACCCCCAGGGAUCAACAGGCAGCAGGUGUCGCUGCUGGCACAGAGACUGGCUGGUACACCAGGGUCGAGCGAGGCACAGAACAGGCUGCUUCCAGGAACCGGGAAGGAGAGUGAGGGGAGUAGUGAUCCCGCGCCGUCUCGACCGAACCCCCCCCAGUUUGCCCAGGGAAACAUCAACGAUGCUGAGCUGCGGCAGUACGAGGAGUGGCUGCUCCACACACAGCAGCUCCUGCAGAUGCAGCUCAAGUUCCUGGAGGAGCAGAUCGGGGUGCACAGGAAGUCCCGCAAGGCGCUCUGUGCCAAGCAGCGCACGGCCAAGAAAUCGGGGCGCGAGUUCCCCGAGGCAGACGCAGAGAAACUCAAACUGGUCACAGAGCAGCAGAGCAAAAUCCAGAAGCAGCUGGACCAGGUGCGGAAGCAACAGAAGGAGCACACCAACCUGAUGGCAGAGUACCGAACCAAGCAGCAGCAGCACCAGCAGCAGCAGGGCUCGGCUCACCUGGCCUCCGGGACCUCGCAGAUAUCCAAACUGCCCGGGCAGCUGCUGCCGGGACCCCUAGGACCGCAGCCUGUGCACGGACCUCCUAUCGGAGUGUCGGUGCCAGUCCAGCAGGGCCAACCCUUCCUGGGCUCGCCUCGGACCCCACACCCUGCGACCCUGGGUGCUGUCAGCUCAGCCCCUGGCCCUUCCGGAAACUAUUUCACACAAGGAGGCCCGCUCCCAGGGAACGACAACAGGCUAGUACAGGACAGGCAGAUGCAGCAGCACAGAAUGCAGCUGUUGCAGAAAAUGCAGCAUCAAGGCAUUAUGGGCCAGCAGCAGCAGCAGCAGCAAGGCAUUAUGGGCCAGCAGCAGCAGCCGCAAGGCAUUAUGGGCCAGCAGCAGCAGCAGCAGCAAGGCAUUAUGGGCCAGCAGCAGCAGCAGCCGCAAGGCAUUAUGGGCCAGCAGCAGCAGCAGCCGCAAGGCAUUAUGGGCCAGCAGCAGCAGCAGCAGCAAGGCAUUAUGGGCCAGCAGCAGCAGCAGCCGCAAGGCAUUAUGGGCCAGCAGCAGCAGCAGCCGCAAGGCAUUAUGGGCCAGCAGCAGCAGCCGCAAGGCAUUAUGGGCCAGCAGCAGCAGCCGCAAGGCAUUAUGGGCCAGCAGCAGCAGCCGCAAGGCAUUAUGGGCCAGCAGCAGCAGCCGCAAGGUGGUGUUGGACAGCAAGGGCUCAUGGGUAACCCGCUAAUGGCUCAGCAGCCCCAGCAAGGUAUGAUGGGAAGCCAGCAAAUGGUGCAGACCACACAAGGUGUUAUGGGUAACCAGCAAGUCAUCAUGGGUGGCCAGCAAAUCAUACCGAACCAACAGCAGAUGGUACAGAAUCAGCCAAGCAUGAUGGGGAAUCAGCAGUUGACCCAGGGGCCCCAGAGCCUCAUGGGCGCCCCGCAACUGACGCAGCCAGGCAUGAUGGGGAAUCGGCAGAUGGUACCGAACCAGCAAGGCAUGAUGGGGAAUCAGCAGCCAGCCAUGGCCGGGACCAUGUUGGCUCAGCGACCUCCAGGGAUUCUAGAUCAGCAGGCGUUGCAAGGCCCCGUGGGUGCUCAGCAGCUCCUGAGAGAGAAGCAGCAAGUCCUAGGAGCCCAGCUAACUGCCCAGCAGCAGAAUGUCUUAGCCCAGCGCUUGAUUCUGUCCCAGCAGCAGCAGGCUGCCAAGGGACUGGCUCAACUCCAGCAGCAAGGGUUCAUAGGGCAGCCUGGUCAGCAAGAAGGUGGAGGACAGCUCCAUCCAGCUCCUUCCCGACCAGGAUCUACCGAGCAGGGCUUUCUGGCACCUUCUACUCCGGGAGGAUCCCAGCAGCAAGAAGGGCAACAGCAGCAGGGAAACCUGGAUGGGCUGCAGCAAGGAACGCCAGUACAGGGUCUUAACCAGGAGCAGAACUCUGGUCCCAAGGAGCAAGGGCUGCCGAGUCCCAGGCCACAGCAGGGCCCCCCGACCCCACGGUUACAACAUCCUGGAUCUGUGGGUGACCAACAGGGGGCAGCACUGCAGCAACAGCACAGCUUUAUUGGGCAGCAGCAACAGCAGCACAGUUUCAUGGGACAGCAACAGCCACAGCCAGGCAUGAGUCCACAGGCACAGCAGGUGCAGCUAGCUCUGCAGAGGCAAAGCUCUCUGGUGGAGAAGCCAGGCAAUGCGGGGCAGACCCAGGUAAUUGUGAAGCAGGAGGUGCAGCAGCAGCAGACUUGCUACGUGGGCCAGCAGCAAGGAGUGAUGGGGCAGAAACUGGGACAACCUCAAGGCAUUUUAGGACAGCAAAAUAUGGUUGUGCAACAGCAAGCCAUUGUGGGCCAGCAGCAAGGCAUCAUGGGUCAGCACCAUCCAGGCCAGCUGCAGCAAAGCGUCAUGGGUCAGAAGCAAGGCAUGAUGGGGCAGAUGGCUGUUGGCCAGCAGAUAUUGCGGGGUCAGCAAGGAAUGAUGGGACAGCGGGCGCCUAUGCCCAUGGGCCAGAUCCGAGCCCCCCCAAACAUCCAGGGGCUGAUUUCUCAGAACCCUCAGCUCCGUCACUUAACCCCCCAGCAGCAACAGCAGCUCCAGGCCAUCCUGACACAGCGGCAGCUGCAGCAGGGGCAAAUCCUGAGGCUUUCUGCGGGGCAACCAACCGUCAGCCAGGCCCAGCCUCUGGGGCAGAGGCUACAAGGAGUUGUAACGCAACAACAGCAAGGCAUAAUGGGACAGCAGUACCAGCAGCAAAUGCAGCAAGGCGUGAUGGGACAGCAGCAGCAGCAGCUAGCUAUGGGACAGCAGCUUCAACAAGGCUCUAUGGGACAGCAGCAACAACUCCAGCAAGGUGUGACGGGACAACAACACCAUCAGCAACUCCAGCAAGGGAUUAUGGGGCAACAGCAACUGCUAAAGCAAGGGGUUCUAGGACAGGAGCAAUGCCAGCAAGGUAUGGCAGGUCAGCAACAAAUCCAGCAAGGGAUCAUGGGACAACAGCAAGGUCUUAUUGGACAACAGCCAAUGCAGCAAGGCGUUCUGGGACAGCAGCUCCAGCAAGGGGCAAUAGGUCAAAGGCCCCUACAGCAAGGCACGAUCGGGCAGCAGGUUUGCACCACACCUCAGGGCCGAAUGAUCAGGGCGAUGUCUCCCAGGCAGCAGCAGCCAGCACUCCAGGGCUCUCCCCAGGAGCAGGCAGCCCUCGCCCAGCAACAGAGGAACCUGAUGGGGCGCCCCAUGCCUCAGCAAACCAACGUAGGCUUGCGACCGGUGGUGCCAGUGCAGGGAGGCCAACAGCAAGUGCUGGGAAACCAGCCGCCCACUCCUGCCUCAACCCCUAGCCCUUUCCAGCCAUUGACGCCAGUCAACCAGCAAGGAGUCUCUGGGUCACCAUUACCAGGGUCUCCUUCUGGGACCCUUCCCAUGCGGCCUGCCUCUGUGUCUUCAGAAACGGGCCCACCGCCUUCCAGUCAACAGGAUGCUAAUGCCACUCCAAGCCCUUACCAGACUUCUAACUCAGGGGCAACUCCCAAUCGGGAACACAAGCUAUCCCCUGUUGGAGAACCCCAGGAGAAGUGCAGCCCUGCGGGGCCUGCAAGGUCUACUGAAACAAAGGCCGCUCUGGGCUUGCCUGACAGGUCAACGUCGGCUGAACCCAUGAGAUCGGAGUCCCAGGAGAGAACCGCACCCCCAGAGGCUUCCCAGCCCGUUGAGCCCAAACCCAGCGGGGGGCAGGCCAUGGAAGUGGAGAGUCAGCAGGGUCCCAGCUGUGUGGACAGUCUGUACAGAAUGACCCUGCAGAAUAUCAAGCAGGAGCCCAAGGAGGAGAGGCAGUGCGCCGGGGGUGACGGGAGGACCAGCGCCAUCAAGAGGGAAGCCAACGGGGAGCCAGUGGGGCUGAACUCGGGGAGCCCCGUCACCCCCGGCCCCCGUUCCGAGGCUGGCCAGCUGCUCCUGCAGAAGCUGCUGCGGGCAAAGAACCUGCAGCUGGCAGCACACCGGCCAGUGGACGGCAUCCACAGCGAGAUCAAUGGGCACAUCGACAGCAAGCUAGCACUGCUGGAGCAGAAACUGCAGGGGACCCCGCGCAACAUGGAGGAUCUUCAGGCUUUGAGUAAGAAAGCACCGGGAACAAAACCAAAACGGAUGCCCAAGUCUGGAGAGAAGCUGGCCACCUCGAGGAAGAAGAGCAAGAAAGAGGAAGGAGGAAAGUCUGCAGAGGCGCUGAUGAAGCAGCUCAAACAGGAGCUCUCCCUUCUUCCACUCAUGGAGCCUUCCAUCACGGCAAACUUUGACCUCUUCGCCCCCUUUGGAAGCAGCCCCAUCAACGGGAAAAACCAACUGAAGGGGGCGUUCGGUAACGCUGUGCUGGACAGCGUCCCAGACUACUACUCCCAGCUUCUCACCAAGAACAACCUGAGUAACCCGCCCACGCCCCCCUCUUCUCUGCCCCCCACCCCCCCUCCCUCGGUGCAGCACAAGAUGGUGAACGGGGUCACCGCGGUGGAGGACCUGCCUGAGGGGCUCAAGAACCCUGAAGCCCCCUCCGAGCCUGAAGAAACCAAAGACUCCUCUGCUGAAGAAGUGAAGAGUGUGGACCUGUUAGCUGCUCUCCCAACCCCUCCCCACAACCAGAAUGAAGACAUAAGGAUGGAGAGUGAUGAGGACAGCGACGCCCCUGACAGCAUCGUCCCAGCCUCCUCCCCAGAGAGCGUGCUGGGAGACGAGACCUCGCGCUUCCCCCUGCUCACCGACCUCAAAGAGGAGGAUCUGGAGAGAGCUGUCUCUCCUGUCAUCCCCAUCAUCCCACGGGCAUGCAUUCCUGUAUUUCCCGAAAACAAACCCUUUGAAAUGGUGAACUCCUCCUUUCCCGAACAUGCUGGGAAGAUGGCAUCAGCGACGGGUCCCUGGGAGAAAGCAAAGGGAAGCGAGGUCUCUGUGACCUUCACACUGUCUGCCGCGGCUGCAAAGAACCUGAACACUGUGAUGGUGGCGAUGGCACAGCUCCUGCACAUGCGCAUCCCCAACUCCUAUGAGGUGGCUUUUCCAGAGAGUCCCCUGCGUGGCGUCCCAGACCAGAGGAAGUCCCCCGCAGAGCUGCAGGCUCCAGCCGUGCUGGCCGGGAAGCCAAAGGCAGCAGAAGGGGAGAGGACCCCCCAGGAGAAGAACGACUGGCUGAAGCAGUUUGAUGUCUCGCUCCCUGGCUGUACCCUAAAGAAGCAGGUGGACAUCCUGUCUCUCAUUAAACAGGAGUCCCCAGAGUUGGAGGAGAAGCCAGUACAGCACUGCUACGUCACCAAUGUGUCCAACCUGGACGUGAGACACCUGCCAGUGAUCCCAGUGGAGACCUCUCCACCCCAGUCCCCCCCUGCAGCCUCCUCCCCGUCCAGCCUAGCCGAUCCCAUCAAACUGGAGCCGGAGCCUGAGCCCAUCCUGCCCCCUCCUCCGCCCCCUCCCAUCCCAGAGCCCCCCAAAGCCAAGCAGCGCAGCCGGCCCCCCUCGGAGGACGAGGAGUGCAAGCCCAAGGUGAAGAAGUGGAGGGGCCUGCGCUGGAAACGGCUGCAGCUGCUGAUCACCAUCCGCAAGGCAGGCUCUCGCCGGGAGACGUGGCGCGAGAUCGCGGAGCUCAUCGAGAAGCUGCGGAUCACCCUGCGGCCGGACACCCUGCCCAGGGACCUGCGCAAGUGCUGCUUCUGCCACGAGGAGGGCGAUGGGGCCACUGACGGGCCGGCCCGGCUCCUCAACAUUGACCUGGACCUCUGGGUGCACCUCAACUGCGCGCUGUGGUCCACGGAGGUGUACGAGACCCAAGGGGGCGCCCUGAUCAACGUGGAGGUAGCCCUUCGCCGUGGCCUGAGGACCAAGUGCGCCUACUGCCAGAAAACUGGCGCCACCAACAGCUGCAAUCGGCUGCGCUGCCCCAACGUCUACCACUUCGCCUGCGCCGUCCGCGCCCGCUGCAUGUUCUUCAAGGACAAGACCAUGCUGUGCACCCAGCACAAGCUCAAGGGCCCCAGCGAGGAGGAGCUGAGCUCGUUCGCGGUCUUCCGGCGCGUCUACAUCGAGCGGGACGAGGUGAAGCAGAUCGCCAGCAUCCUGCAGCGCGGAGACCGCAUCCACAUGUUCCGCGUGGGCGGCCUGAUCUUCCACGCCAUUGGCCAGCUGCUGCCCUCCCAGAUGGCCGUCUUCCACUCCUCCAACGCCAUCUACCCCGUGGGUUACGAGGCCUCCCGCAUCUACUGGAGCACCCGCUUCCCCAACCGCCGCUGCUGCUACCGCUGCCGCAUCGGGGAGGCGGACGGCCGGCCGCUCUUCGAGGUGCGUGUCCUGGAGGAGGGGCACGAGGACAUCAUGCUCAAGGACACCUCGCCACAAGCGAUCUGGAACCGUGUGGUGGAGCCGGUGGCGCGCAUGCGGCGGGAGGCUGGCAUGCUGAAGCUCUUUGCGGAUCACGUGAAGGGGGAGGAGAUGUACGGGCUGACUGUGCACGCUGUGCUGCGCAUCGCCGAGUCGCUGCCCGGUGUGGAGAGCUGUCACAACUACAUGUUCCGCUACGGCAGACACCCCCUGAUGGAGCUGCCUCUUAUGAUCAACCCCACGGGCUGUGCCAGAUCCGAGCCCAGGGUCCUGACGCACUACAAGAGACCGCACACUCUCAACAGCACCAGCAUGUCCAAAGCCUACCAGAGCACCUUCACCGGGGAGAUCAACACGCCCUACAGCAAGCAGUUUGUGCACUCAAAGUCCUCACAGUACCGCCGCCUCAAGACGGAGUGGAAGAACAACGUGUACCUGGCCCGGUCUCGCAUCCAGGGGCUGGGUCUGUACGCUGCCAAGGACCUGGAGAAGCACACCAUGGUCAUCGAGUACAUCGGCACCAUCAUCCGGAACGAGGUGGCCAACCGGCGGGAGAAGGUCUACGAGGAGCAGAACCGAGGGAUCUAUAUGUUCAGGAUUAAUAACGAGCAUGUGAUUGAUGCAACUUUGACAGGCGGGCCAGCCCGGUACGUCAACCACUCCUGCGCUCCCAACUGUGUGGCGGAGGUUGUGACGUUCGACAAGGAGGAUAAGAUAAUUAUCAUUUCCAGCCGCAGAAUCCCCAAAGGAGAGGAGCUCACCUACGAUUAUCAGUUUGACUUUGAAGACGAUCAGCACAAGAUCCCGUGCCACUGUGGAGCCUGGAACUGCAGAAAGUGGAUGAACUGAAGAGCAGAAA